AUGGCAAAGUGUGAUUUAGCAGCAGCCUACGAAGACGACAGCAUAGCUUGGGUCUAUUGCCCAUCGUUUGCAGCUGCGGUUUUGUUUGCUGUCUUAUUUGGUCUGUCAACAGUCACACAUAUAAUUCAGGCUAUCAGGUUUCGAAAAAGGUUUUGCUGGGUUAUAAUCAUGGCUGGCUUAUGGGAGACCUCUGGCUUUACAGUUCGGUCAUACUCAGCAAGACAAUUUCGUGGGCUAGGGCAUUUCAUUCCUCAACAGCUUUUGAUCAUCCUUGCGCCGAUCUGGACCAACGCGUUCGUCUAUAUGGUUGCCGGACGCAUGAUUCAUUUCCUCGUCCCCGAGAAGAAAAUCUUUGGAAUUGGUGCACGCAGGUUGACCUUGCUCUUUGUGGUAUUGGAUAUGUUUGCCUUCCUCAUCCAAGGCUCGUCGUCCAGUCUAAUGUCCUCAGAUGAUUCUGAAUCAGUGAGAAUUGGCAUUAAGAUAUAUAUGGUUGGCGUUGGUGUUCAAGAGGCCUUCAUCGUCUUAUUUAUCGUCCUCGCUGGUCGUUUCCAAUACCGAAUGACUCAAGAGGAAUUCGUUCGUCCCAUCCCCCACCGUUGGCGACGCCUACUGUAUACGCUCUACAUUGCACUCGGCCUCAUUACAGUUCGGAUCAUCUUCAGGCUCGUGGAGUACCCUAAUGGCGAGUACAGCCACGUCGCGAGGCACGAGGCGUAUUUCUACUGCCUUGAAGCCCUCCCAAUGGUAGCGUCACUAGUCAUGUUCAAUGCCAUACACCCUGCCUUGGUGCUUAUCGGCCCGGAUAGCGAGUUUCCAAAGAAAGUGAAGAAAUCAAGAGCAGAGAGAAAGGCAGACAAAGAGAAUAAAAAAGCACAAGGAAAUUAUUCUUUAACUACAGGGGCUAGAAAUGGGGUCGAUGGAUUUGGUAGUGGAAGUGGAAGUGGCAUGGACAUUGAAAUGCGUGUGUAA